GUUUGUUUUAAUUUCAUUUCAUUUUGACUGAGUUCAGUAUUAUUUCGGACUUGAUUCGAAGCGGCAGAUUUUUAACCUUCGCAUGUGUAUAGCUGCCUUACGCAACGACUUGAUCUCAACAUGGACGGAAGGCAGAGUGAAAAGGACUUAUUGGAAAAAUUGGGGAAAUUUAUUGCCUACAAGCAAAUAUUAUUGUUUGCCUUGUUGUUGGUGUUUGCAUGCCACAUCACCUACAGUUCAUUUAGUUGCCCGAUUUGUGGACCGGGAUUUGAAGCUGGGUGUAAAAUAUUUACUACCAUGUUACUCAUCAUCAUUACAACCAUGUUUAUAUUUGCAUUUAUUUUAUCGCUGGGAUUAUCAAUGCGUCAAUCGGACUACCUACGCCCCUGGCUGGUGACUACAGUAUUUCUGGUAAUCUUGGACAUUGCCAUGAUUUCACUGACCGAGGACAAUAUCCAACUCAUUUUGGGUUCAUUGGUCUUAAUCUGCCAAAGUUUAUCAUGGUUUCCCAUAUAUAAGCUCUACGAAAGAUUUAACGAUGAACGACGAUCACGUGAAGAACAACGACCGCAUCUCUGUAAUAUGGAACAAAGUUACAUUCGCAGUAGAUCUUCGUCGACGAACCUGCCCUAUUACCACGAAAUCAAUGUCCACGUGCAGUCAAUGCAAAAUGAAAAACCCCCUCCCUCGUAUGAGGAAGCUGUGAACAUGGAAACUCCACCGCCACGUUUUGUUGACAUACUGGGGUGGUUGGGGGCAUCGGUGUGAUUGAAUGAAUGUUUAACCGCAACACGUGUUGUGUGUCAGGCAGGUGGGUUCAAACACCGCCUUUCUCAUCUAAGACUGAUUUUUUUGUGAUUUAGAAACAAACAAAACAUACAUGUUUAAGCAAAUGUUUAACGAAAUAUAUAUAAAACCGGUUUAGUGUAGCUUAUUUUGUUAAUAAAAAU